UAAAGUGAUAUGUUUUUGCUGUUUGGUUGCAGGACAGAUUUUCUUUAUACAGUAAGGAGGACUUCACCAUGGGGGUGAAAACCUUCACCCACAGCUCAACCUCCCACAGCCAGGAGAUGCUUGACAAGCUGAACGCCUUGCGCAACGAGGGUCACCUCUGUGAUGUCACCAUCCGGGUCCAGGACAAGCUCUUUCUAGCACACAAGGUGGUCUUGGCAUGCUGCAGUGAAUUCUUCCGCUCCAAGCUUGUGGGCCGGCCAGAAGACGAGGAAAAGUUUGUGUUGGACCUCCAUCACGUGACGAUUAGUGGCUUCGCUCCCCUUCUGGAAUAUGCCUACACCUCCACCCUUUCCAUCAGCACAGAGAACAUCAUCGACGUCCUGGCAGCAGCCAGCUACAUGCAGAUGUUUGCCGUGGCUAGCACAUGUUCCGAGUUCAUGAAGUCCAGCAUCCUGUGGAGCCCAACGAACAACAACAACAGCAGCAGCAGCAGCAACAUGGCGGUGGAUAAGGCACACGAAGCGGCACCUGAGAGCGCUUCGUCACACUGUACCCUGACGCCGCUGGAUGGCAGUGUGUCCCCCGUGUCGUCUGACUGCAGCGUGAUGGAGAGGAAUGUUCCCAUCUGCCGGGAAUCCCGACGAAAACGGAAAAGUUUUGUGACAAUGGCAUCGCCAGAGAGCCCUCUCAAAUGCACUACACAGAUGGUCACCACCUCCCCUCAGAUCCCCAACCCGUCACCCUCGUUUUCGGAUGGCCCAGCCCAGCCGAUAGAGUCUUCCCUGGCUUUUCCCUGGACGUUCCCCUUCGGCAUUGACCGGAGGUUUCACUCAGACAAAUCUAAGCUGACGGAGAGCCCCCGCUGUUUGGAGGCAGGUGCCCCCGGGACCUCAGAGGGCGUGGUUGCCCGCCGGCUCAGCGACUUCCUGACGUGCGAGAGCUCCAAGGUGGUGUCAUCGCCGGUUGCUACAGAGGAGGAGGACGUGAGGGUGAAGGUAGAGCGACUCAGUGAUGAGGAGGUUCAGGAGGCAUCGUCCCAACCAGUCAGCGCCUCUCAGAGCUCCAUGAGCGACCAGCAGACAGUGCCGGGGAGCGAGCAGGUCCAGGAAGAGCUUCUUAUCAGUCCACAGUCCUCUUCUAUAGCCCUCCCUCCACAGCCCCUCCCGCACAGAGAAGACUAGCGUGCAUGCACAGGAUAGUAAACAAGGCUCCACUACGGCGGAUAAGCAGCUAUAGUAUUGGUAGGUAUCAACGUAUGCUUUACAUUUUAAAAAUAGUCAGUUCAUAUUUGAACUGUCAAGCACGAUGUAAUAAUGAGAACCUUAACCUUAACAUGACCGAAAUCCUAAACAUUCAUCUAUUUGAGCCUUUUUGUGUAAUUUUGACCCUGUGGAUGAGUACCCAAUUAAAGCUAUGACCUUUAUUGAAGCUGUAGGUUUUUAUCAAUCCAUUCCUGGGGGAAGAAUAGUUUAGAUGUAGCAUUUAAAAUCCAGAAUAGACAUUCAUGUUGAUGAUGAAGGUGUUGCAGUGAC